CACAGCUGCCUUACCACACGUGGUCCCUAUCCAUUGAUCCUUGAUCGGGAAUUACAACCACACACGGAUUCUCUUCUCCGCGUAGAGUGCAUACACAGUGCAGUGAUGGCAAACGCAACUCAGCAUCAUAGCUAGAUAAACGCCUGCUUCUGCGCAAAGUCGGCAUGGCGACCUGAAACAGGUAACUAGGGCCAUGAUACUCUCUGUACAAACAUUGAGCAAAAAUAUUCUAGACAUCUACCACAAACCUGGUUCCCCGUAUGGAGCACUGUAUGUACAUACAUACAUACUUCGUCCGCUGCAGAAUGGUAUGACGAAAGGGGAUCGAAGUCGGCUUCCGGUCAUGGACGCUGACGCAGAAGCGGCGCAGGCAGGAUCGAUCUUGGAGUGAUUCCAUGUUACAUUCUGUUUAAUGGAAUGCCAAUUAGUUGGGUGGCAGACACCUUUCCGACCUUUCGGCCUGAAAAUGGAGAGUUGUGUAACGAGCAAUACCCGUGCAUGCGGUGGUGUGUUGCCUCGCGCUGCUGUCCGCCCAGUCGCACCCGACAGUUGCUUGUUCCAGCGCUGGCAACACUGGAACUUAGGGGUCGAAUGCAAAAACAUCGAGUUUGCUCUUCGUGUUCAAAGACAGCCGCAUACCGAACCUGUGUGCUUGGAUUUGCAACGACUCAAGAUAUGUGUGUGUGUGUGUGUGGAUCGACGUGAUUUUGCCGUUGACUGUUGAAGUCUUCUCGCCAACUGGACGGGGUCUCAUAUGUGUCGGUACCCUCCAUGAUGGGACCGCAAUGAAAGGGGGUCAUGUUGAAUCGUAAUCCCGACCCGAAGGCCCAUGAGUAUGUACGCCAGUCAGAAUAUUACGCUGUGGAAUCCUUCGAGAACUGCAUCGAAGCAGUUUGGUGUGCGUGCAGAGCAGAUUCACCAGUGAAAGGAGGGUGUGAUGGACUACAUGACACUAAUCUCAAUUUGUCGAUGAUCCGCAGCUGUCAUCGUACACAGUAUGUGGCAAAGAAGACGCUGUAUGAAGCUGGGAUGGAGGGUUUGAAAAUGCGAACCGACGUUUCCAGAAAAUGGGGCAAUAAUGAAAAGAAAGAGGACUACAACCAAGGCUCUGCAAUGCAGGCAAACGAAUUGUAUGUACUAUACGGAGUACAUACCUACAGAUCGGGCAGAACGGCUUUCAAAUUCGAGCGACUUUUGGGGAGUUUUGCCCUCAGCCUGGAGUUGUUCUUCCCUGGCUAUGUAUGUGUGUACGUACUCCGUACUCCGUACUGUAAUAAUAUAUCCUUGACCAAGGGACACCCAUACGUUUCGUGCACCUUCUUUUUCAACGAUUGA